AGAGCCAGCCUCAAUGUCUACGACAUCUUGGUUAUCGUAUCCUACUUUGUCUUUGUCCUGGCAGUGGGGAUCUGGUCUUCCUUCCGGGCCAGCAGAGGCACAAUUGGGGGCUAUUUCUUGGCUGGAAGAUCCAUGACUUGGUGGCCGAUCGGUGCUUCUCUGAUGUCCAGCAAUGUGGGCAGUGGCUUAUUCAUUGGCCUGGCUGGGACAGGGGCAGCUGGAGGUCUGGCUGUGGGGGGCUUCGAAUGGAAUGCAACUUGGCUGCUCCUGGCACUUGGCUGGGUCUUUGUUCCUGUCUACAUCGCAGCAGGGGUCGUCACGAUGCCCGAGUACCUGAAGAAGCGGUUUGGAGGCCAGAGGAUCCAAGUGUACAUGUCCGUUCUGUCCCUCAUCCUGUACAUCUUCACCAAGAUUUCAACUGACAUCUUCUCUGGAGCCCUGUUCAUCCAGGUGGCCUUGGGCUGGGAUCUCUACCUGUCCACCGUCAUCCUCCUGGUUGUGACAGCCAUCUACACCAUUGCAGGUAAUGACCCUUGGAGUCAGGGAGUCAGUGGGGAUGGAGCAAUAGGAAGAGAGGAGGAGAGAAACCUCAGUCCUGGCCCCGGCCUGAGCCUUCUCUGCCCCUUUCUCUCUAGGGUCUUCAUCGUGUUCUUGGUCGUCAUCAGCAUAGUCUGGAUUCCCAUCAUCCAGAGUGCCAACAGUGGGCAGCUCUUCGACUACAUCCAGGCUGUCACCAGCUACCUGGCGCCCCCCAUCACGGCCCUCUUCCUCCUGGCCAUCUUCUGCCAUCGGGUCACGGAGCCGGGAGCCUUCUGGGGCCUCAUGUUUGGCCUGGUGGUGGGUGCCCUGCGGAUGAUCCUGGAGUUCUCCUAUGGGGCUCCCUCGUGUGGGGAGAAGGACCCCCGGCCGGCCAUCCUGAAGGACAUGCACUAUCUCUACUUCGCUCUGCUCCUCUUUGGCCUCACGACUGCCGUCAUCCUCGCCGUCAGCCUCUUCACAGCCCCCAUCCCGGAGGACAAGCUCAUUCCCCUGACCUGGUGGACCCGAAACUCCAGAGCACCCGCCCUGGAAGGGCACUAUCACACCCACCCACCAAGGGACAGAGACCCGGAACUGUCAGCCCAGGAGAGUCAGACAGAAGAGAGAUUGAGGGAUGAGACUGACCUGAAAAAGGAAGAAUCUCCAGUUUCCACCCAGUCCUGUUGGCAGAAAUUUUAUUUCUGGUUCUGUGGGCUUUCCUCAACCCCCACACCUAUCCUGAGUCCUGAAGAAAAGGCUGCAAUGGAAAGAAAACUGACGAGUAUAGAGGAGACACCACUGUGGAGGCGCGUUUGUGACAUCAAUGCAAUCCUUCUACUCACCAUCAACAUCUUCCUCUGGGGCUAUUUUGCCUGAGUGACUCAUGUGGCCCCACAUCAGUCUAGAAGGAAUAGACCCACUCCUAUCAACCUGCCAGAAAGGCUACCAUUGGAUUUAAUGGAGGGAGGAAGAUCUUGGAUAUGAACCAUGAUGAUCGCAGGAUACAAAAGGUCAGUUGGAACUGGACAGGACUUGAGACCACCUCCACCAGUCAUUUGCCUACCCAUCCUCAUCUCUGCUGAUUGGUAACCUACUGGACUAGCCCAAAGGACAGAGCACUAGACUUGGCACUUGAAGCCUCAUCCAUGUACUCCUUGCUCAGAUAGCCAAGGACUAAAGGCAAAGUCAUUUCCCCUCUUAGGCUGUUUCCCCAUUUGUAUGGCCCUUGAAGGUUUACAAAAAGCUUUCCUCCUAAGAGCCUUAUGAGGUAGGGAGUACAGCAUCACUAUUCUCUUUUUACAGAUGAGGACAUUAA